AUGAAACUGUUGGUGGUUUUUGUAUUUGUUACUGUGGUGACUGCCGCUCCCCAGCCUCAGGAUGUGCAAGUUUUGAAACUUGUCUCUGACAAUGAUGGUCUUGGCACCUACAAUUUUGAAUAUGAACAGAGCGAUGGAUCUAAGCGUCAAGAAAAGGGAGAGCUUAGAAACGCUGGCGCUGAAAAUGAAUUUGUGGCCAUGUCUGGAUCGUACUCGUGGGUGGGUCCUGAUGGAGUAACUUAUUUUGUCAACUACAUUGCUGAUGAGAAUGGUUUUCGGCCAACUAUUGAGCAAGGCCCUGGUGGUACACCAAUUAAUCCGUUCUUGGUUAAAAUUUAA